AUGGUUCUUCUUUUAGGUUGUCGUGAAUUUGAAGUCCGUUUCUGUGUUGCGUAUAAAAGACAGUAUCGGUCCCCCCGCAUAACAGAACAUCCAUCCGAUAUAAUCGUUGCCAAAAACGAACCGGUAACCUUAAAUUGUAAAGCAGAAGGACGCCCAGAGCCCUCCGUGGAAUGGUUUAAGGAUGGCGAACCUGUAAGGACCUCUCCCGUUGAUAAUAAGUCCCAUCGCGUACUGCUACCUUCAGGAUCAUUAUUUUUCCUUCGCACUGUAAGCAGUAAAAAAGAACAAGAUGGGGGGGUCUACUGGUGCGUGGCACGAAAUAUCGCCGGAAUUGCCGUUAGCAGAAACGCUACACUUCAAGUUGCAGUUUUACGAGACGAAUUUCGGGUUAUGCCGACGGAUACACUUGUAGCUGCGGGAGAAACGGCUUUACUACAGUGCGGCCCUCCGAAGGGCAAUCCAGAACCGAGUGUGAUAUGGAAAAGGGACGGGAAAACGAUCGACGUCGAUAGCAAACGCGUCCGUGUUGUAGACGGCGGCAACCUUCUUAUAAAUGAUGUUCGUCAAUACGACGAGGGUCGGUAUCAGUGCGUCGCUCAUAAUUUGGUGGGCCACAAAGAGACACCCGUCGUUCUUCUUACAGUUCACGUUAAGCCUACCUUUAACAAGGAACCUCACGAUGUAGUUGCGCUAGUGGGGCAGAAAAUAACAUUCUCCUGUUCCGUUGAUGGCGAGCCCAAGCCGAAAGUUCUGUGGAGAAAGGACCAUGGAAAAAUUCCCAUUGGUCGCGCCCAGAUUUUGGAAGAUAAAUCCUUGCAGAUACAAAACGUGCAAAGCUCUGAUGAAGGUCUCUACGUUUGCGAUGCAGAAAAUCUCGUCGGGACAAUUUCGACCAAAGCGUCACUACUAGUAAACUCACCUCCUACCUUUAUCGAGCAACCACAAGAUCAAAAGGUAAGUCUAAACGGAUUUGUCGAAUUUCACUGUAAAGCUACGGGAAACCCUCCACCAUCAACGUUUUGGAGCAGAGAAGGGUCCCAAGUGUUGAUGUUUCCCGAAAAUUCCUACGGACGGAUGCAGGUCAAUCAGGUCGGAACAUUAAAAAUACGCGAAGUGCAGCGCGAGGAUUCAGGGUUUAUAGCUUGCUCCGCACUUAGCGUGGCUGGUUCUAAGAGUUCACGCGCCUUUCUGCGCGUAAUAUCCGUCGCGGAUUUACCUCCCCCGAUUAUUCAGAUCGGCCCAAGCAAUCAAACUUUGCCACUGCACAGUAUGGUCACUCUAUACUGUAAGGCUUCGUGUACAGAUGGAACUCAGCCGAAAACGCGCUGGUUGAAGAAUGGGAGGUUUCUCGAUAACUCCUCGUUGCCGAAACGGUACACAAUGCACGUUACUGGCACUUUGGAUAUAGAUGAUUUACAGUCGGACGACUCAGCGAUGUAUACAUGUUCGGCAACAGCUGAGAGCGGCGAAAGCACUUGGUCUGCGUCCUUAAACGUUGUUCCUGGCUCUUCAAGCAGCUUACAUCGCAGCCCGGAUCCCUCCACAUUUCCGCUUGCUCCAAAUCAACCACGAGUGUUGAAUACAACCGAGUCCACUGUAAGUCUCGCUUGGGAUAUUCGAGAUGAAGAUCUUCAUCUGAUAGGAUACACGAUUGAGUAUUGGAGUCCAGAUUUGCAAAGUGGAUGGGUUACAGCCGCUCACAGAGUGCCGGACCCCUACACGGUGGUGCGUAAUUUAAAACCUGAUAGUUCGUAUGUGUUUUUGGUGCGCGCGGAAAACUCUCACGGUCUCUCAUCCGCCAGUGAAGUUUCGAAAGAAGCCCGAACGUUAGUUAACUCGCUUACUCAUUCGGAAAUUGAUAACGCUCGUAACGCGUUGAGUACGAAUACGGUCGAACUGUGGGAUGCAAAGGCGCUGUCGAGUAAUUCGGUUAAAUUAGUGUGGAAUUUGAGUGCGACUAAUUAUGUGGAAGGUGUAUACGUGCGUUUCCGGGAGGUAGUCGGAGGAUUGACUAACUAUGACAUUGUGAAAGUGCUAGAUCUGCAAAGUCGCAGUUACCAAGUGUCUAAUUUAAAAAAGUUCACAAAGUAUGAAUUUUUUGUCACUCCUUUUUUUAAAUUGGUGGAAGGGCAACCAUCCAACACGCGCAUAUCGCAGACCUUUGAAGAUGUACCAUCAGCCCCACCGGAUAAUAUCGUCUUUGAAAUUUAUAACGAUUCGGCAGCAUGGGUAAGGUGGUCGUCUCCACCUUCGCAACAUCAUAAUGGUAUAAUAAUCGGUUAUAAGUUGCAAGUGAAAGGAGGUUUACUACGAACUGUGACUAUUAAUUCAAACACAACUUCAUUGCUGAUAAGCAAUUUAACAAAGAGUCACAUGUAUAGUGUAAAAGUUGCUGGACUAACUCAAGCAGGUCUGGGACCAUUUUCCAAUUCCGUUCCAUUAUCUCUAAUCCAAAGUCACAACAGCCGGCCUCUGGAUGGUUUAGUUCCUUUCAUAGAGCAGACUUGGUUUGUGGUACUACUGUCUGUUCUGCUUCUCUCACUUCUGGCAGGAAUAGCUGGUUUCAUUUAUAUUAAGCGUAAGCGUACUCUAGCGAAACAAUUGGGCCACCUCAAUGUUCCUAUAAGCAACGGCAAUCAAAUGAAUACAAAGGAGAGUCUAUGGAUAGACAGAGGGUGGAGAGCUGGAGACUCAGACAAGGAUUCCUCAUUACCACUCUCGCCUCCAAUUGCGGAUUACGCGGAGGUCGAUACCAAAAACUUAUCAACCUUUUACAAUAGAAGCUCACCAGAUACUCCCACACCUUAUGCGACCACAAUGCUUUUACCACCCCCACCGUCUUGGACGGAGUUAAUACCACCACCUCCAAGUCACCCACCCCCGGAGUGCCCUCGUGAAAACCCACCCAUUCCUCCUCCUCGCACUGGCAGUAACUACGGCAGCACUGGGGCCUAUACCUGCUACGCAAUGCAUCUUCCUAACCGAAUUCCUCCCCACUCAAAACCAAACUCGUACAAUAAUCUUGACAAUCAAUGGUCACUUGCGAGCGGAAGUUCGGGGCGACGGUCGAACAAUCACAAAGGACGCUGCCAUAUUCCACAUAACUGUGAUAAAAUAUGGGGACAGUAUUAUCGUUGGGAUGAGGGAGACGCAGACGUCGAUACCGACGUGCAUUCCUGUUCCAGUAGUCACGACACUACUUGCUCGUGUAGCGGCUCCUCAUGUCUGUACGUCGAGGCGGGACCUUCUACUACAGGUAAAUUAAUGGGACAGUGUCAAAUUAAGCAAUUUACUUAGAUUGGAUGUGAAUUCAAAAUGUGUCAUACUAGUCCAUGUGUUUUGAAAGUUCGAGGUCUUCCUGUGUAGGCCAAUUUUCUGUUAAAUAACAACGCAUUUUCGGAAGAAACGGGAAUACUAAAUCGAUAUGAUUGUACUAAAAUCUAAGAAGGGACUUAAUGACGAAAGGUUGGCUCUGAUAUUGUGUCACGUCAAGGCAUUGGACAUUGGACAAAAGAAAAAUCUGAAUUUUGUUGAAAUAAAAAUACAUUUUUAUAUCAGAAAUGAUAUAAUUAUACCUACUAUAGGUCUCAUUCUUUUACAUCCAUUCCAAGUCUGCCCAUAUGAAACAGAUACUCAAAAGUUCGCGAAAUGCAAAUUCAACCAUGAACUUUAUUUAGCACUUGUAGGUAGACCGAGUUAUUUUCAGUACAGGACUUCUCCACAAACAUUUUUCCUCGGACCCUUAUAUUACCGACGAGAAACUAUCUACACAAACUUAUCGUCCUAUUAAAGUUAUUAUCAAAGUAAAAAUAAAUUUGCGAGGGACAAAAAUACAUUGUUAUUAUAAAUUAUACGCAUCCCAAAUAAGAGCAUAGCAUUACAAUUAUCAUAAAACGGUGGGAAUUUAUACAGUCGAAAGGCAUAUUGUGGAUUCACAUAAUAUGGAAUUUUUAUGUAAAAUGAUAAAUUCCCAAUUAUAAUAAAUUUUUAACAAAAAACACUUAUUAAAAUUACUUUAAUCCCAUUAUCACCUCGAUAAUCACUCCUCUCCGUAUUGAUUCCUUGACUUUUGAUUUUACAUUUCCAUUAGUUCACCCCUUACCGCCCUUCUGGUAAACAUUUUGACUAUAAGCAAACAUUUUAGGCUUUUAUUAAAAACUUUGUUUUUUGAAACUUUUCCAAUAUUAGCUAACAAAUUAAAGAUUUAUAUGGUUGUUCAUAAUAUGCCUCCUUAACUGUACCAAUUAACUUCUUUAUUUUCUGAGCUAACUCUUUUCGUAAGAGCAAUAUUCAAUUUUGCAUGUUUUUAAUAUGUACGAUAUCUUAAUUUAUUAAAAACCUUUUUUUUUAUGUGUAAUAGUGACCAUUCACUGUUCUCAUGUGAUUUUUUUAUGAAUGAAAGAAGCAUUGUGGUAUUAUUUUCAAAUUUCAAUUUGCAAUUUAUCGAAAUAUUGGGUCUUGGCACAAAUACGAACACACGAUAUCAGAACCAACUUCACUGGGUUCCGAAUACCUAUCUACAAUCGACAUAUAAUUUUUAGCAAUACUUUCGGUGUCUCGUAGAUGCAUUGUGUAGAUGUAUCAAGACUGUGAUUUUAGAUGUCUAAGGUAUCGGCUUGUAUAUAAACUUCGCUCUUUUGUACAUAUGUUUGUUACAAUGAAACGUUGUAGUGAUUAGUUUUUGUAAUUUUUCAGUCCUAGUGUAUAAAAUAAUAACAAUCACCGUAAUGUAGAUAUUUAUUUUUAUGUUUUUGUUUUCUAAUUGUGCAUUAAAAUAGUUCACAAUUAA